GCCGCGGGGUCUCCUUGGCGCCGGCGCCGCAGCGCUCGGGCCCGUCCGGCGGGGCAGUCGGUGGUCUUCGUCGCGCGUCCGCAGCUCGGCUCCCGCGGCCCAGCCGCCGCCUUCGGCCUGCGUCCGGCUCCUCGCCCCUGCACCGGCUCGGCCGCCUCGCGCCAUGGCGGUCCCCGGCGGCGUCCUGCGGCCGCUGCCGCUACUGCUGCUGCUGCUGGGUCUGGCGCGUGGUGUGGAGUUCACAGUGAAGAAUAGCAACAACACAGCAUGCAUAAUGGCCAACUUGUCAGCCAACUUCUCUGUGACCUAUGAAGCCAGGAGCGGUCCCAAGACGGUGACCUUUGAGCUGCCAGCCACUGCAAAAGUCCUCGACAGCAACAGCUCUUGUGGCAAAGAGAACGCUUCCGACCCCAUCCUCACAAUUGCUUUCAGGGGACACACCCUGGCCCUCAGUUUCACUCGAAACGCGACACGGUACGGCGUGCAGCUGCUUAGGUUUGGCUACAGCCUGUCGGACUCUGAGUACUUUCCCAAUGCGAGCUCCAACGGCAGUGAGUUGGUCGACUUCAAGAUGGACAUCAAGGCUGACAUUGACAAGAAGUACCGAUGUGUCAGUGACAUGCAGGUACAUGGGCGCAAUGUGACCCUCACACUGCAGAACACCACUCUCCAGGCCUACCUGCACAACGGCAGCUUCAGCGAGGCAGAGUCGCACUGCCAGCAGGACACCCCCUCCCCGACCCCAGCGCCGCCAGCACCACCCAGCACGUCAAGCCCCUCGCCGCCUCCCAGGCCCGAGAGCCCCUCGGUCUCCAGGUACAACGUGAGCAAUAACAACGAGACUUGCCUGCUGGCGAGCAUGGGGCUGCAGCUGAACGUCACUUACGUACUCAGAGACAACACGACUGUGACCAGAGUGUUCAACAUCAACCCCAACAAGACCACGUUCAGCGGGUUGUGUGAGGCGCAGCUGGUGACCCUGGAGCUGCACAGUUCGGAAAGGAACACUGUGCUGACCUUGCAGUUCGGGACGAAUGCAAGUGCCAGCCAGUACUUCCUGCAAGGAGUCAAGCUGAAUACAGUUCUUCCAGAUGCCAGAGAGCCCGCCUUUGCAGCCACCAACAACUCGCUGAGGGCACUACAGGCCACACUGGGGAACUCGUACAAGUGCAACUCGGAAGAGCGUGUCCGUGUCACACCCGCCUUUUCCCUCAGCAUUUUCAGGGUAUGGGUCCAGGCCUUCAGGGUCAAGGAUGACAAAUUCGGGUCUGUGGAGGAGUGCCCGCUGGACCAGGACAGCAUGCUGAUCCCCAUCGCCGUGGGCGGUGCGCUGGCCGGCCUGGUGCUCAUCGUGCUCAUCGCCUACCUCAUCGGCAGGAAGCGCAGCCACGCUGGCUACCAGACCAUCUAGAGGCGCCGCCGGCCCUGCACCUGCCCUGGGUGCCAGCGGGUGGGGGAGGGCACUCUGGAGCAAACUGCUGGCGUUGCUUUGUCCGUGUGAAUGCCCCGCUUGCCUCGCGACCCACAGAGGACCAGCACAGGGUCUGCUAGUUGGUCAGCAUUCCUACUUACCAAAGGAGAGCUGGGGCAGAGGCCCUCCUGCCUGGCUCCGGUCCCACUCCUGCUUGGCUAUUCUGAGAGUCUGGUGUUUGGUUUCUUCUUCACUCAGAUGCAAGCCUUACAAAGGGAAAAUGGCCUCCGGCCUGACCCGCCCCAAGGGAGGCUGCCCACGUGUGACCUUCGGGGCGAGCCAGGUGGGCAGGCAGGGCUGCCCUGGCCAGGAGUGGCACUGCUGGGCUGUGCAUCUGUCGGG